AUGGUUGCACAUGUUGCAAAAGAGGAAUCCAGAACGAUUGUCGGUCUUGAGUUGGACAAAGAUGACAAAAGUUUCAAAUAUCUCUUCUUCGCAUUGGGUGCAGCGGUAAGAGGAUGGAAUUACAUGUGUAAAGUGGUUGCAAUUGAUGCAACAUUUCUCACUGGACAAUACAAGGGUACAUUGGUCGUUGCGACAGCACAAGACGAUGGACUUGAUGUUGUCGUGAUUUUUGAUCGACAUAGGAGUAUAAUAAAAGCCGUCAGCGAAGUGUACAAAGAAGCAGGGCACGGAUUUUGUGCGAGACAUAUAGCACAAAAUUUGAAAGUCAAGGUUAACAAAGGCAUGGGAAGAAAAAGUUCGAGAGGUGAUACCGUUGCCGAACGGUAUCCCAAAGUUGCGGAGUAUAUGCAGAAAGAAGAACUUGAUCCCGAGAAAUGGGCAAGAUAUAGAGUUGAAGCAGGAUGUGCCAAUGAUUCAGAAAAAAUGACACCGCAUGUUGACAAAGUGCUCCAUGAGAGGUAUGAGACUGCAUGUACGUAUGAAGUCAUUAUGCUAAACACUGUUACAGAGGAGUUUGAAGUGAGGGGUGAAAAGGGUAGAAAAUACCUUGUUAGCAUAGAAGGUAGAACGUGCAGUUGUAGGAUGUUUGAUAUCGAUAAGAUCCCAUGCAGCCAUGCAAUUGCAGCACUUCAUAAGGUUGGUAAAGCGAAUGUACCAGACUUGUGUUCUCCAUAUUAUACGCGGGAGACAUGGCGUCUUGCCUAUCAGAAAACCGUGUAUCCGGUCCCUGAUUGCUGUGAAUGGAUUAUCGAUAACCCGAAUGUUGCAAAUCUUGUGGUUAUGCCUCCUAUAAUGGAUGAGAAACGACAAUCUGGGAGGCCUAAACAAAAUCGGUAUCCUGGUCCUGGAGAAGCACAGAAGAGAAUCAAAUGUGUAGCGGAAACAUCAACAUCGGCAAUGUCAGAGAGAACAACUAUUUUGGAGUGA